AUGAACAAACUCUUUAAAAGCUACAACCUUAAUCUGGAGAUAAAAGUAAGGCUUUUGGGAUAUUAUAUCUUCUCGAUAUUAUACUACGGAUUUAAAUCCUGGAUACUAACUGAAGCCAUGGAGCAAAAACUUGAAACCUUUGAGAUGUGGAUAUACAAAAGAAUCUUAAGGAUAUCAUGGACGGACAAGAUAACCAACGAGACUGUGCUACGAAGAAUGGGGAAAGAAAGAGAGGUAAUGAAACGGUUCUCCACAACAACAACUAUCUAUUUAAAGUAUCAGUUAAUAAAAUAAUUAUAGCUGGGAUGAUCGCCAAUAUUCCAAACGAAUAG